GAGAGGAGCAAGCGGAAGGUACAGUUCGUCUCUGAAAACUAGAGAACACUAACAAAUCAAAAAUGUUCAAGGGAAUCAUCUUCUUCGCCGUUGUGGCUCUUGUUGCUUUCGAGGCUACCGCUACUCCAUGUGGAACUUGCGGUGUCGCUAAGACCACCUGCUGCACCAGCACCCCGACCUGCGGCACCCUCGGAGGUGUCGGCCUCGGAGGAGUCGGCCUCGGAGGAGUCGGCCUCGGAUACAACGGUGUCGGAUACGGAAACCUCGGAGGAGUCGGUCUCGGAUACAACGGUGUCGGAUGCGGAACUCUCGGAGGAGUCGGUCUCGGAUACAACGGUGCCGGAUACGGAACUCUCGGAGGAGUCGGUCUCGGAUACAACGGUGUCGGCUGCGGAAGGACCACCUGCUGCACCACUGCCCCCACUUGCGGUGUUGGCUACGCUACUGGUAUGGGAGUCGGCUGUGGCAACUGGUACUAAAUUCCACCCAACCGGAUACCAUUGACCCCUCAUCAGUUAAACCAAUAAAAAUUGUUUUUUGUUGAAACAAAA